AUAUGGCAGAAGCGAAGGAUCGCCAUCAGAGAAAGGAAUUUGUUUAGAUGCCCAGAAAAUUUUAGAUUAUAUAAAAGAAGAUGAAAUAUUAAAAAAUACUAAAUUAAUAAUAUACGGACAAUCACUUGGUGGAUCAGUAGCAAUUGAUUUAAUUUCAAGAAAUGGAGAAAAAAAGAUUGAUGCAUUGAUUUUAGAAAAUACAUAUCUUAGUAUACCCAAAUUACUGCCAGAAAUAUUUCCAACGUUUAAAUGUUUAUCCUUUUUAUGUACAGAAACAUGGAGAUCCGAUGAAAAAAUUUUAACAAUCCAAAAAAAUUUUCCAAUGUUGUUUUUAUCUGGUAAUAAAGACCAAAUAGUUCCAUCCUAUCAUAUGAAAGAAUUAUUUGAAUUGGCGAGAACAACAACAAAUAAUGUUCCUUCUAUUACUUCCGCUAAUGCUAAUAAUGAUGACAAUAAAAUUUUUAAAGAAUUUGAAAAUGGUGAUCAUAAUGAUACAUUUAGUCAACCAGGAUAUUUUGAAGUUAUUAAAGAAUUUUUGCAUAACAAGUGCUUUGUUAUCAUUGAUAAACAAGUAACCAAAUAA